AUGUCGGGAUUUAAAGUAGGCACCUUAGCAAUAGGAAAUGACAAGAAAGUCACUGAGAUAUGGGAGAGGCAGGAAGAAUCACCAUCUGAGGAGGAGAGGACAAACCUUCUUGAUCAGCUUCUCUAUGAGAAGGCACACAGUGGCCCAGAGGCAUCAAAAUCUCUUAUCCACAGGCUGAUUUUCCUGGCCAAGAUCUCGCCAGACCUGGCUGAUAAAAGGGAUUUAGCUGAAUAUUGGGAACAACUGUUUGUGAGUCUGCAACGCUACUAUUAUCAGGGUGAAGGGAUCACAGGCCUGCUUCUGCUCUAUCCCACAUACAUUGUACACAUAUUGGAGUCAUCCAGUGAUGUGCUUUACUCUGUCCUGCGGGACCUGAGGGACAUGGAGCAGCAGGAGAGGGUGUUAGUCCUAGAUGCCAAGAUCCUCAUAAUGUCCCAUAAUCUCCCCAUCCGACUCUUCCAGCAGUGGAACUACAAGGUGCUGAAUAUGCCAGAGAGACACCUGGGCUAUGAUACGUCUCAUCAGGAGGCAGCUGAGGCUCUUAUCUCUGAAUGCCUGACAGCACUUCUGAAACUUGGCAAGCAUCUGCUGAAGUACCCCAAGAGCCCCAAGAACCUCCCAGACACCAUCCUGGAGAAGGUACCAGAGCUCAUUGUUCCCCAAGACACCAUCUGUCAUCUGCUGGAAUGCCAAGAGUUGCUGAGUCCAGCUCAGUACCUGAAUCUUUUUGACUCCCCUGUGAACAUCCUGAUGGACUCAGAGAACAUGUGGCCUUUGACGGAGCGCUUAAAACUACGUCUUGAAUGGGCAGCUGUAAAAGGAAUCUGCGUCCCCUGAGGAACAAGACUAAGACUCAGCGCUUUGGCUGCAGGGCAAACUCCUAAAUGUAAUAAAUGGAAAUAAGGAAAUGUAUUUGCAACAUCUGGAAUACAGUGUUAGCAG